GUGUCUUUGUAAGUGCAUGCAUGUGAUUUUCUAGAUGUGGAUUUAAAAGGUGCCACCUAUGCAUAAUGUCUAAAUGCCUUAAAUGUUUCGGGCAAAGGGACGUGUUUUGUGACAGGCAUUUACCUGUAUGUGCUUGGCUUUUGUACGUCAAUAAAAAAACUCCCAACUUUGACAGCAAUAUGUCCUGAUGACAGUGAACUGCUCACGGACUGAAGGAGGCAAAUGUUGACCUCAUUGGUUUGGAGUUGAUUGCACCUGUGCUCAAUUCCUGCUGAAGUGCGCUGUGUGGAGAGGGACUGCUAGAAAGGAGGGCUGCUGUGUUUUUGAGCCCUCUCAAUACGCCUGGUGCCGGCGGACAGUCAGAAUGGAUCCUUCACCAGGAGCAAAACUUAACAAGGGAUUAACAUCUGACUACAAGAGUUGUGGGAAUUCAUCAGAGUUGGCUAAUGGCUCAUCAUCAAGUGACUUGAUUAAACAUGAGCCAGUCCAGUUGAAAGAUAUGUCAUCUGGAAGCCCAAAUAAGUUUGACCAAGGGCUUUCCGAACUCAAAGAGGGGGAGGAGGACUUCUGCAGCCAUGAUGUCCCCAAACAAAUGUAUGCUGCACCGGUCAUCUUUGCCGUUGGAGUGACCUUUGCGUUUGUCCUGACUAUUUACCUGGAUGCAAGAUUGGUCUUAAAAGAAGGUGUUCUGUCCGAUCACGAGCUUUGCACAGCGCUGGGGGAAAGAGUUCUCCGUGAUGGCGGGUCCAGUGUGGAUGCAGCCAUCGCCGGCGCCCUGUGCCUCGGUGUGGUCCAUCCUCACGUGUCAGGUGUUGGGGGAGGAGGAGUAAUGUUGAUUCACGACAUGCAGAAGAAUGAAACCAUGGUGAUCAAUUUUCAGGGAUCUGCACCAAAGGCAGUCAAAGAAGAAAUGCUGCAAAACGCUUCAGAAAUUAAGGCAGGACUUCUUGUAGGAGUACCAGGUAUGCUCAUGGGGUUGUACAGUGCUCACAGAUUGUAUGGGAGUCUGUCAUGGGUGGAUGUGGUCAGCAGAGCUGCAGAUGUAGCAAGAGAAGGAUUCAAUGUGUCACACAGUCUUGCUGAUGCAAUAUCGGUGAUACAAGGCGAGCAGUUACUGGAGCGUUUCAGAGACCUGUUCAUCCCAGACGGCCGGGCUCUGAGUCCCGGCUCAUACAUCAGGAUGCCCGGCCUGGCAGAAGCCCUAGAGGCUGGCCUUUUAAACUUCUACAGAGGGACCUUAUCAGAAGAGAUGGCGAGUGAGGUGCAAGCAAACGGAGGGGUUCUGAGCAGAGAAGACAUCGGUAACUACAGUGUAGAGGUACAGCAACCACUGGAAGGCCGCUACAGAGACUUUAUCAUUCAAGUUCCUCCUCCCCCCUCAGCUGGUGCAGCCCUGAUAAGUGCUCUGAACCUCUUAGAAGGCUUCAAUUUUAGCCAAAGCACUGCUACAGAAAACCAAACAAACGACUUGAUUUCUGAAGCCUUGACAGAAGCUUUAGGAAUGGCCAGGGGGCUGGGUGACCCGAAGUACAACUCUUCAAAAUCUGAUCUUCUUUCUGUCAUGCUCAGUAAAAACCACACCGAGCGGCUGCACGAGAGGAUGAAUCGCACCCAGAUAUCACCGCCCGAAUCCACCUCUACCGCCCACCCCCUCCGGCCAGAGCUGAGGGCUGGACAAGUCGUAGUCAUGGGGCCAGAUAACCUCAUGGUGUCUGUUGCAAGUUCCUUGAGCAGGCCGUUUGGGAGCAGGAUCAUAACCAAGUCAGGCAUCAUUCUCAACAGCCUCGUUCUUGACUUCAUCAGGCCGAAUAAAACCGGAGAGAAACCGCAAACUGAUCAGGCAAAUGUAGUUGAGCCGGGAAAGAGGCCUCUGAGUUUCCUCAUGCCCGCAGUGAUGAUCCCGGUGUGGCAAAAAUGUGGGACCUACAUGGCACUGAGCAGCUCCGGUGGACAAAACCGUUUGAGAUCAGUCACCCAGAUGCUCGUACGUGUGUUGUUCCAUCCUAAAGAGAAGAACGACAGCCUCCCUAUUCCUCCCAAAAUGGAGACAAAUGGACUACUUGAUGACACAAAACGUGCAAAUCGGAGGGUGUAG